AUGGAGGAAGUUACUUCGGCUGACAUCUAUAGUUGGUGUAAGGAGAAAGAAGUGGAACCCUGGUGCAGUUUUGGACUGGUAGGGCCCCUGUCUUUUGCAAGUGACAAAGUUGUGCUAACCUCCCUGGAGAAGUUGUACGGACUUAGUCAACCCUGUGUGGUAGAUAGGUGGAAAGGGCAGACGGGUGCCACAUUUGCCAUACUUAUUAGUAAUCGGAAUCCCUUAGACCCAACAUUACUUCCAAGUAUGAUUAUUAUGGAGGGAAUUCCAGGAAGAAAGAUACACUUGAUUUGGCCCGAGGGGAGGGAUAGUGUGGAGGAAGAAGCCCCAUAUGAAGAGGAUCACGGUGAUACCGCCCUUCCCACAGGGGAGUGUUUUCACACUACCAGUGUGAAAGUGGGAACCUCAUUAAAUAAAGCAGGAGCUACGGAUCCAGGAGUCGAUGCAGUGGUAGAUAAGAUGGUCAGUCAGAUGGAACGAUGGCAUUAUGAAGGUGGAUAUCGGAGGUUAAGGAUAUUCUCUGGGAUCACUCCGGUGCCCGCGGGUGAAGAGACUUAUGAUACCUGGCGGGAGGCCGCUGUGCAGCACUCAGAAGAGUGGCAAUGCCCGGAGCAUAUCAAGAAACAACGUAUUGUGGAAAGCCUGCGUGGACCAGCCAUGGGGGUGGUACAGGCCACCAGGCGGAGUAAGAAGACCGCGACCCUCAAAGAUUAUAUUGAAGCAUUGGACUUUUCCUACGGAACACUCGAGGAUGUGGGGGAUCUACUCGCCCGAUUGACCCGCACUUACCAAGAGCCAGGUGAGACCCUGACUCAAUAUAUCUAUAGAGUGGACCGCCUGCUGUACAAAAUUGUAGAUAAAGGAGGAAUUGAUAAGGACGCAGUCGAUGCCAGUAGGAUGAAUCAAGUGCUUAAAGGAGCGUUGACCACCAAUCCUGUGGCGCAGAGGCUCAGAUGUACACGGGCGACUGGGCCACCACCUACUUUGACUGACCUGGUAAAAGAAGUUAAGCUGGAGGAGGUCCAGAUCGAAACUCGGGAGAGAAGUAUAAAAAAUGUCAAAGUUGUGAUGCCAACAGUCACUCCUCCACCGAUAGAUGAUAGGUUACUGAAGUUAAUUGAAGAGCAGAAUAAAAAAAUUGAUCAGUUGAUUGCCCUGCAAACCCAGAAUGAUACCAUUCCCUAUUGGAACCAGGGAACCGGGAGGGGAAUAAGUCGGGGCAGGGGAGGACGAAAUCCCAUUAUAUGUUACAGCUGUGGGCAGCCAGGACACCGGUCGUUUGAAUGCCCAGGUAAUGGGUCACAGAGAAGGGAAUACAGUGGAUUUGUGAGGAGAAGAACAGCACCGUUGGAAAACCCCCUCGGGAGCUCUGUGACCCCCGCACAGACUCCCCAAUCAUAA